AUGCUCUCGGCAGCCCAGUUGCUCGAUGAGUUAAUGGGCCGAGACAGAAACUUGGCCCCUGAUGAAAAGCGAUGCAACGUGCGAUGGGACGACGAGAGCGUCUGCCGGUACUAUCUGUGUGGCUUCUGUCCGGCUGAGCUCUUCACAAACACCCGAUCUGACCUGGGUCCUUGUGAGAAAAUCCACGAUGAAAAUCUUAGAACAACGUAUGAGAAAAGCUCUCGGUUCAUGAAGGAGGGAUAUGAGCGAGACUUCCUGCGUUAUCUGCAGUCGCUGCUGGCAGAGGUGGAACGGCGGAUUCGAAGAGGACAUGCGCGGCUUGCACUCUCCCAAGCUCAGCAGAAUGCGGGGGGUCCUGGUCCAGCUGGAAAGAACGAGGAGAAGGCCCAGGUUCUAACAGAGAAAAUUGAAGACCUAGUUUUACAGAUCGAGGAGCUGGGGUCAGAGGGCAGAGUGGAGGAGGCCCAGGGAAUGAUGAAGCUGGUGGAGCAGCUGAAGGAGGAGAGGGAGCUGCUCAGCUCCACCCCCUCGACAAUCGAGAGCUUUGCAGCCCAGGAGAAACAGAUGGAGGUGUGUGAGGUGUGUGGGGCCUUCCUCAUCGUGGGGGAUGCACAAUCACGCGUGGACGAUCACUUGAUGGGCAAGCAACACAUGGGCUACGCGAAGAUCAAAUCUACUGUAGAGGAGCUCAAGGAGAAACUUCGUCGCCGCUCAGAAGAGCCCCCAGGCGAAACCCCCGCGCUCAAGAAGGACAGAGAAGACCGCGAGCGGGAGAGGGAGGAGCGGGAGAAAAAGCGCAAAGAGGAGGAAGAGAAGGAGAAGGAGCGAGAGAAGGAACGCGAGAAGGAGAGGGAGCGGGAAAAGGAGAGAGAGCGGGAGCGUGAGAGAGAGCGAGACAGAGACCGGGACAGAGACCGGGACAGAGACAGAGACCGGGACAGGGACAGGAGGUCACGCAGAAGCCACUCCAACAGCCGCCACUCCAGUCGAGCGUCGGACAGGAAACGGAGCAGAUCCCGUGAUCGGCGAAGGUCCAGGAGCAGAGACAAGGAGAGGGAGCGCAAACGCAGCAGGAGCCGGGACAGGGACAGGGAGAGGGAGAGGAGGCGCAGCCGGGAUCGCUCCGAUAGAAAACGACGCUCCCGCAGCCGCGAACGGAGGAGGUCUCGCAGCUCAGAGCGCAAAUCUCACCGCCACCGCAGCCGCAGCAAGGACAGGGACAAGGAGAGGGACAGAGAGCGGUCAUCAAAAGACAAAGACCGUAAGUCGACAGAGGAGAGAAGCAGUUCUAAGAAAGACAAGCACUCUGGCGGCGAUGCAGCCACCGUCAAGGCUUCGUCCGAAGUGGAACCGAUGGAGACGGAGGUGGCUGCCUCCGCCUCCUCCCCUCUGCUUAACGGCCAGCAAGAGCUCCUCCAUUCUGAAGGUGACACUCAGUCCAAUUAAAACUGAUCUGAUAGGACCUCAGAUCAGGCUCAGGUAAGUGCGGCCUCCUCCCUGCUCCCCCCUGGCUCUGAACCCAACCCUGUCCCCCCCUUCUCCCAUCUCCCUCACCCUCCCUCUCUCCCUACCUUUCCCACCCUGUUUAAGUUCAGUUCAAUGCCUAUGAUUUUGUCUUAUGUACUUUGUGCAUAUAUCUUUAUCCUGUUUUCUGUAAUAGUGCAUCAUAAGUAUGCACUGAAGAUGAAGGACUAGGCCCGAUGAAUGAGAAGAAAGUAGAAAACAUUCACACAAAGCCAAGAGGGAAAAGCCAGUGUAGUCCUGAGCAAACAUGCCCUGAGGUACCCCUCGUUUUGUAUCUGGGUUUUCCUUAGAGAUGUAUUUUGUCUUUGCAGGCAAAAUGGCAGAAAAGGUAUUAACCAGUAAAAUUUUCCUGCCUGUAUUACCCUGUGUUUUUUCUUUCUUCUUUGAAGUAGGAAAGUGUACCUUUUUCAGUUUGCUGAGAUCUUUCCCUCCAUAAAGGGAGAGAAGUCACCCUCUGUGUGUCUAUAUGUGUCUACAUAAGAUGAAGUGGGGAUUUCUCCUGCUCACAUAUAAACACACAGACAGACUUUCAGCUGUAGUCAAAGGUGUAUGUAAAAAAAACAAGCAACUUUAUUUUUUACAGUUAUCAUUUCUCAAAUGCCUUGGAUUUGUUGUCCAGCUUACUGUGCCUGAUAAUACCAUGCAGUGUGUGUUUGGGGGGUGUCCUAGCACCGGGGGCCUUAUGUAACUAACUAACUGGAGGGUAGGGUUUAUCGAAUGAAUUGCAGCUGACUUCCACACCUCACACAGCGUUGGUGUUGUGAGCGAGACCACAUGAGAAAAGGGCAAAUUAAAAAUCAUGGAUACUCUCUGACUGUCAAACUGUGCAGGUACUCACCCCAGGUACUCCUUUCUCUACCCACAUCCAUUUCUGAAUGCUGUUGCCUGUCAGAAAUAACUAUUCUGUACUUCUCCAAAACAUGGAUGUAAAAGCUUGAUGUGUACAUUUUUUUUUUUAUUGUGCUUCUUGUUUUAAAAUUAACAUUCAGAUAUGUUUUGCAAAGGUUAAGAGGUUGUCAUAGAAAUGCCAGAGAUUAACUUUUCUCAAAGCUGAGAUGCACGAGGCAGCCUGCUUGAUAUACCUGCCCCAGAUGCUCAAGUUUCAUGUUUUGUUUUGAGACUUUAAAUGUCACAUAGGUUGAGUUGGUAGGAAGCCAUCUUUUAAAUUGGCUCAAAUUCUGCCAAGAGUUUUAAUGAUUGCACUUGUGCAUCAGUGCUGGGAAUAUCAAACAGGCUUGUCAGUGUUUUUAAAGGAUAAGGGUGCAAGGUAGUGACCAAACCUUUUUUUUAUUUUAUUUUUUAGAAUCGUCCAAGUACAGACUUUUGAUAGGUGCUACUAGGUAGAUCAUUUUUUAUCCACAUCAGGAUUUUUGUGUGCAUCAUAAGCAGUUAAAUUUGUUUACAACCUUCACCUUCCUCUGUGGCUAAAUUGAGGGAUACAUUUGACCAGUAGCGUUUAUCUAAAUGUUGAUGUUGCUCCAGUAGCAGCAGAUGUUAAAAAAAACAAAAACAAAAAACACCUUGUUGCGGGACCUUUGCUAACAUGACAUUUUGUGAACAUCUUUGUUCAACAGGGGAAGCUGGGCUACCUGGUGGAGGAAAAGUGGAAGAGCGCACCCAUCCUUACCCUGAACCUGACACCUCGCUGCUUAAAAACAAGGUGAACCACAGUUGUGUAGUGGCUUAUUUAAAAACAUGAGAUGAUUUUCAUGUUCCCUUACCUGUUGAUCUUGGAGGAAGGUAGUUGUGGUUCAUCUAAUGUGUUUCUUGGUCUACAUGUCCCCAGGCAUCACUUUACCAAACUUAGAGGAGAUUAUGGCUUUUUGUGUUUCUUUUUAUAAAAAAAAAACUUUACACACCCCUCUUUGUUUUUCAGCAUUUAGUGAAAAUGAAAUAAAGUCAGUGCUUGUGGUUUAUUUUGUGUGUCAGGUUCCACUUUCACAUCCCUGCCCCUUCUUUUCUAAAGUCAGAUGAACGCGUAUGUACAAUGUUAGUCUCCCUGACCGGCCGUGUCUCUUUUCUCCUCCACGUCGAGCUCACCAUGAUGUCCCCUUACUGUAAAAAAAAAAUAUACUGAUUUCAUUUUGAUCAAAAGAUUUUGAAGACUGAAGACUUGUUUAAUUUUGAUCUGCUUUUACUGUCCAUGUUGUCUCGAUGAAUAAAAGGUGAAAACAU